AUGGAUUUAUUUGGUGUUUUUGAAACAAAGGCAAAUUUAGAUAGUAAUAAAUCGGAGAAUCAUGUGGAUGAAGAAGUGUCAAUGAACGUAGAAGCAGAGAAAAAAGUAGAGACUUUUAAGGUAAUAAAAAAUCAAGAGAAUGAAGGAUGUAUUCAUGAAUGGUACACUCCUGAAGAUUACAAGGCUAUUUAAGAAAAGAAGCAGAAUGCAAAAUAAUACAAGUUUACUUUGGAUCCAUUUCAAAAAGUAGCUGUAAAAACUUUGGAGGCUAAUGAAUCAGUUUUAGUAGCGGCUCAUACAAGUGCAGGAAAAACAGCAGUAGCGGAGUAUGCUAUAGCUAUGGCUAAGAGGGAUAAACAAAGAGUUGUGUAUACAUCUCCAAUCAAGGCUUUAUCAAAUUAGAAAUAUAGAGAAUUGUAGUAAGAGUUUGGAGAUGUCGGAUUAGUUACAGGAGAUGUAACUUUGAAUGAAAAUGCUUUUUGUUUAGUAAUGACUACAGAAAUUUUAAGGAGUAUGUUAUAUAGAGGAUCAGAAAUUGUAAGAGAAGUAGCAUGGGUUAUUAUGGAUGAAGUACAUUAUAUGAGAGAUAGAGAAAGAGGAGUUGUUUGGGAAGAAACUAUAAUCUUGUUAAAUUAGAAUGUAAUAAUAAAUUUAUAUUAUUUAAAGGUUCGUUUCGUCUUUUUAUCUGCAACAAUCCCAAAUGCUAGUGAAUUUGCUGAGUGGGUUUGUAGAAUAAAACAUUAACCUUGUCAUGUAGUUUAUACUGAUUAUCGACCAACACCUUUAUAACAUUAUUUAUUUCCAAGCGGUGCUGAGGGAAUAUUUUUGGUAGUUGAUGAAACAGGAAAAUUUAAAGAAGAUAAAUUUUAAGAGGCUGUGGCUAAAUUGGAAGAGAAUGUAGAAAAUACAAGGAAGAGAAAAGCAAGUGAAGGAUCAGAUCUAUUUAAAUUAAUGAAGAUGAUAUAAGAGAGAGAAUUGGCACCAGCAAUAGUAUUUUCUUUUUCAAAAAGAGAAGUGGAAGGAUAUGCAAUAGGAAUGUAGAAAUUAGAUUUAACAAAUCCAAAGGAGAAAGAGAAUAUUGAAACAAUAUAUAAGAAUGCAAUGAAUUGUUUAUCAGAAGAAGAUAGAUAAUUACCAUAGAUAUAAUUGAUGCUUCCAAUUUUAAAGAAAGGAAUAGGAAUACAUCAUGGUGGAUUAUUACCAAUAGUGAAAGAAAUAAUAGAAAUUUUAUUUUAAGAAGGAUAUUUAAAAGCAUUAUUUUCAACAGAAACAUUUUCAAUGGGAUUAAAUAUGCCAUCAAGGACAGUAGUAUUUACUUCAGUUAGAAAAUUUGAUGGUGAAUAAUUUAGGUGGAUUUAAGGAGGAGAAUAUAUAUAAAUGAGUGGUAGAGCUGGUAGAAGAGGUAUUGAUGAUAAAGGAGUUUGUAUUUUAAUGUGUGAUGAGAAAAUGGAUUAAGAAGUAGCUAAAUCAAUGUUAAAGGGAAAAUCAGAUUGUUUAAAUUCUUCAUUUAGAUUAUCAUAUAAUAUGUUAAUUAAUUCAAUGAGAAUGGAAGAUACUGAUCCAGAAUUUAUUAUUAAAAAAUCUUUUCAUUAAUUUUAAAAUGAUAGAUAAUUACCUGAAAUGAAAGAAAAGUUAUAAGAUUAUAAAUAAAAAAGAGAUUAAAUAGAUAUAAAAAAUGAAGAAAAAUUAGCAAAUUAUCAUGACUUACUUCAAUAAUCAACACAUGUCUAUAAUAAGAUUAGAAAGAUCAUAUAUUAACCUCAAAUUGUAUUACCAUUUCUACAUAUUGGAAGAAUUAUCAAAGUCAAAGGAUCUGAUGGAGAUUGGGGAUGGGGAAUAGCAAUCAAUUUUAUGUAGAAGAAAUUUGGAAAUAAAAAAAAUAAAGAUUAAGAAUAAUCUAUAAUUUUAGAUGUAAUGUUGUAUGUUUAAAAAAGAAAGAAGGUAUAUAAAUAUUUAAUUAAUUAUAGAAUGAACCACUCUAAGCUUAAUUAUAAUAUGAAUAAGACGGAGAAUUAGAAAUUGUGCCUGUUUCUAUUGAAUAAUUAUAUGAAAUCAGCACUAUUAAAUUAAAUCUACCUAAAGAUCUUAGAACUAAUGAAAGCAAAUAAUAAAUCAGAUAGACUAUGAUUAAAUUAAUCAAAGAAUUUAAAGGAAAUCUUCCUCUUAUUCAUCCAAUCAAUGAUAUGAAAAUUAAUAAUGAUUCACUUGAUAAUUUGUUAGAAUAGAGAUAAUCAUUACUAGAAUAAAUUGAAGAAAAUAAAAAAGAACUAAAUAAUGAAAAUCUUGAUAAGGAAUUAUAAAUAUAUGAUGAAAAAAUUAAGCUUAGUCAAACUAUAAAAUUACUAAAUAAAUAAAUCGAAGAAAGUUCUCAGAUGGUAUUAAGUGGAGAUCUAAAACGAAUGAAAAGAAUCUUAAGAAGAUUAUAAUACAUAUCAAAAGAUGAGAUUGUUUAAAUGAAAGGUAAAGUAGCCUGUGAAAUUUCAGCAGGAGAUGAAAUUAUGGUAAUUAAUUUAUUUUUAAUUUUUAUUAGUUAACUGAAUUAUUAGUUAGUGGACUCUUUAAUGAUUUAUCUUCUGAAGAAAUUUGUGCUGUUUUAAGCGUCUUUGUCCAUGAUGAAAAUAAUAAUGAAAAGUUCCAGUUAAAAAAUGAUAAAAUGUAAUAACUCUAUACUAAAGUACUUGAACAUGCUAAAUAUCUUUAUUCAGUUUAUACAGAAUCUAAAAUGAACAUUGAUGAAGUAAUAUUUACUUAUAUCAUAUUUUUCUAGAAAGAAUAUUUAGCUACAUUCAAGAGUUAAAUGAUGGAAGUGACUUUAGCUUGGUGUUAGGGAUAAUCUUUUCUUUAGAUUUGUAAAAUGACUGAUCUAUUUGAAGGAUCAAUUAUUAGAUGUCUCAGAAGAUUAGAUGAAUUGAUAAAAUAAAUGGAAGAAGCUGCAAAAGUUAUUGGAAAUAAAGAAUUGCAGAAUAAAUUUAAAGAAAGUUCUAAGAAACUUAAAAAAGGUAUUGUUUUUGCCGCAUCUUUAUAUUUGUGAUUAUGUAUUUAUUGAAUUAUUAUUAAUCUAUGAGUGAUAAAAAUUGUUUUGAACCUGUUUGUGAAAAAGAAGACAUACUCAAUUUCAAAUCUAAAAAAAGAUCUAAGCUCUAAUUUGAAGAUGAAUAACCAACAUAGGAAUGUCCAUUAAAUAGAAGUACUUAUGGAAAUUAUACUUGGAAUAUGUUACAUACUACAGCAAUCUAUUAUCCAGAUGAACCUACAUUAGAAUAAUAAUAGAAAAUGAGUAAUUUUUUUGAUGCAAUUGCAGAAUUUUAUGCCUGUAAACAUUGUAAAGCUCAUUUCUAAAAGGAUAUUUCGUAAAGUAAUCAAAAAUAUAUUAAUCUUAAUUAGAUCCUCCCUAAGUUACAUCAAGGAAGGAUCUUUCUAUUUGGUUAUGUUAUAGACAUAAUGAUGUAAAUUAAUUACUUGGUAAACCUCAAUUUGAUUGUAGUUUUGAAAACCUUGAAAAAAGAUGGAGAACAGGAUGUAAAUGA